GAGGGUCUUUUGUUGUCAGAGAGGAAAUCAGCUGUUGGAAGAUUAGAAAUUUUGGCGAAGCUUUUCAUACAAGAAUACCAGAAAAGGAACACAAGCUACAAUAGUCACAGAAGAAGCUGUGUGCGUCUGAGCAACAUGGAGUAUACAUUUAGAGCAGUAACUCAAAAUCCUGGGAUUAUAAUCUGGAGAGUUGAGAAAAUGGAGCUGGUUCAAGUUCCUGAGAAAUCUUAUGGAAACUUUUACGAAGGCGACUGCUACCUUCUUCUGUCUACCCAGAAAGUGAGCAGCUCUCUGCGUUAUGACAUCCACUACUGGAUCGGCUUACAGUCCUCUCAGGAUGAACAGGGUGCAGCCGCCGUAUACACCAUACAGCUGGAUGAAUUUCUGGGCUCCACUCCGGUGCAGCACAGAGAGGUGCAAAACCAGGAAUCUGAUGCUUUCAGGGGCUACUUCAAACAAGGCAUUGUCUACAAGAAAGGGGGAGUUGCAUCAGGUAUGAGGCACACUGAAACCAACUCAUAUGACGUGAAGAGGCUGCUUCAUGUGAAAGGAAAGAAAAGAGUGAUUGCCAAGGAGGUGGAGAUGAGCUGGACGAGUUUUACCCUAGGAGAUGUGUUCCUGCUGGAUAUUGGAAAAACAAUUGUUCAGUGGAACGGUCCGAAGAGUAACAGACAGGAAAAACUGAAAGGCAUGUUGUUGGCAAAAGACAUUCGAGACCGGGAGAGAGGAGGUCGGGCAGAGAUCAGAGUGAUCGAGGGCGAUGCAGAGAGCAGCUCUCCUCAGAACAUGGAGAUCAUGAAUAGUAUUCUUGGAGAAAGAACCUCUGAGCUGAAGGACGGGCCUCCAGAUGAAACCGCCGACCAGGAACAGAAAGCAAACCUCACACUUUACCAUGUGUCAGAUGUAGACGGUCAGAUGAAGGUCACAGAGGUUGCUACAAGACCACUGGUUCAGGAUCUCCUCAACCAUGAUGACUGCUAUCUGCUGGACCAGGGAGGAGUGAAGAUCUUUGUAUGGAAGGGGAAGAAAGCAAACAAAGCUGAAAAACAGGCUGCUAUGACCAGAGCUUUGGAGUUCAUCAAGAUGAAAAACUACCCCAUCACAACCAAUGUGGAGACAGUGAAUGACGGAGCCGAGUCAGCUCUCUUCAAGCAGCUGUUCCAGAGGUGGACUGUGAGAGAUCAGACUCAAGGCCUUGGAAAGGUCAACACUAGAGGGAAAAUUGCUCAUAUCACGCAGGAGAAGUUUGAUGCCUCUCUGAUGCAUAUGAUGCCAGAGGUUGCUGCACAGGAGAGAAUGGUGGACAAUGGCACAGGUCAAGUGGAGGUGUGGAGAAUUGAGGAUCUGGAGCUUGUCCCUGUGGACCCUAAAUGGUUCGGAUACUUCUAUGGAGGAGACUGCUACCUGAUCCUCUACACUUAUCUAGUUAACAACAAGAAGUGCUACCUGCUCUACAUCUGGCAGGGACGUCAUGCCACACAGGAUGAACUGGCAGCGUCUGCGUUUCAGGCUGUGGAUUUAGAUCAGAAGUACAACGAUGAGCCUGUUCAAGUCAGAGUAACAAUGGGCAAGGAGCCGAGGCACUUCAUGACAAUUUUCAAGGGGAAAAUGGUCAUCUUUGAAGGAGGCACGUCUAGGAAAGGCUCUUCUGAACCAGAGCCUCCAGUGAGGCUGUUCCAGGUUCAUGGCUCUAACCCGUCCAACACAAAAACCAUCGAGGUUCCAGCGCUGGCCUCCUCACUGAACUCCAACGAUGUGUUUUUACUCAAGAGCCAAAGGGAUAUUUAUCUGUGGUGUGGAAAGGGAUCAAGUGGAGAUGAGAGAGCCAUGGCCAAAGAGGUGAGCUCAGUGAUCGGCCAGAACUCACAGAGACUCUCUGAAGAGACUGUGGCUGAGGGUCAGGAGCCCAUUGAAUUCUGGGAGCUGCUUGGAGGGAAAACUCCCUAUGCGAAUGACAAGAGAUUACAGCAGCAGGUCUUGGAUCAUCAGCCUCGCCUGUUUGAAUGCUCUAAUAAGACGGGACAGUUCAGAGUGACUGAGGUGUCUCAGUUCAUACAGGACGACCUCAGUGAGGACGAUGUCAUGCUGCUGGACACAUGGGACCAAGUGUUUCUCUGGAUCGGGAAAGAGGCCAAUGAGGUGGAGCGCAAAGAAGCAGUGGCCACAAGCCAAGAGUAUCUGCGCACCCACCCUGGCAACAGAGACCCAGAUACCCCCAUCGUCUUGAUCAAGCAAGGGUUUGAGCCGCCCACCUUCACUGGCUGGUUCGGGGCCUGGGAUCCCUCCAAAUGGAGUGGAGGAAAGAGCUAUGAGGAGUUGAAGAAGGAGUUGGGAGAGGACGCAGAACCGGUCAUGGUUAAAACUACUGAGCCAGACUGUGUCGAGAGUAAGAAAGUCUUUGAGCCUUUUCCACUGGAAGCUUUGGUCAACAAGCAUGUCAGCGAGCUGCCGGAAGGUGUUGACCCCUCCCAGAAAGAGAAACACCUUUCUGACUCUGACUUCAGUACUGUAUUCGGGAUGACCAAAGAUGACUUUGUGAGCCUGCCGCAGUGGAAGCAACUGAACCUGAAAAAGAAAAACGGGUUGUUUUGAUGUUGUUUCUGUCUGUGAGAUAAGCUGUUAAAAACUGGAUAUGUCACCUACUUUUACUGAGUUUCCUCUUUUUUCCUCAGAUAUGUGUAAUAAUGUGUCUCUCCAUGUGCUGUAUUUAAUGGGGAUUUAUUUACUUUGCUGUUGUUUUUUGUUUUUUUAUUUGACCCAUCCACUCAUUCACAUAGUAGUUUGUAAACUCAUGGGCGGCCACCUGGGCAGCGCUCGGUGAGCAGUAGCUCUCUGCCUCAGCUCCCCUCACUGUAACAUGUCUUCACCUAUCGUCCUGUGCUUACAUGUGCGGACCUCUGUAAGAGGCAAAGUAUUUCAACUUAUCAUCUUGAAUUUGAGGCAUUUGUAGCCCUGAUAGAAGUUAAAUGACUUUAUAUGAUUAAAGACCAACAGGCUGUUUAGAAUUAGGUCACAUUAAUUAGACACAGCAAUAAGAUAAAUAAGUCAACUUUGA